UAUUGCAACCGUGUGCCCGAUAAGAAAGAAAAUGUUUUGCAGUCAGCUGUUGCCGACAAGGACGUUUUUGUUUUCACUUUUGUUUAUUACUAUUGCCAAUAAUUUUUGCAUAAUUAACCAAAUUUACGGCACGUUUGGUAGCAAAAUAAUUGAAAAAUGGUUUUUAAAUGUCAAGAGGAUAGUUUCUUACGUCAAUUUACUACAAAAGUUUUGUCUUGUGAAGCCGCCAAGUUGGAAUGGAUACCACCAGGUGAAACAAGUGCAAGACAAUUGGAAGGAUAUAAUGUAAUUUGCGAAAAUACAAUUCUUUUUCCCGAGGGUGGUGGUCAACCUUGCGAUUAUGGCCACCUUAAUGAAUACCCAGUGCGUUCUGUAGUACGAAAAGGAACAGAAGCAAUACAUUUUGUGGAAACUAUAAAAGGAUUUGAGGAAGGCGAUAUAGUAAAACAGUCGCUUGAUUGGACUCGACGAUUGGAUCAUAUGCAGCAGCAUUCUGGCCAACAUUUGAUAACAGCAUUAUUUGACAGUGAAUUUAAAUAUGACACCACGUCUUGGUGGCUGGGAACGGACACGUCAUAUAUAGAGCUGGAUACCACACAUCUAAUUACUCGUGAGUCAUUAGAUUCAAUAGAACAAAAGGCAAAUGAGCUAAUUCGUAUGGGUCGAGAGGUCACAGUACAGUUGGUGGAUCCAGAAAUUGCUAAAGAGUUUCAAGACGCUCGUGCUCCGCGGGGAUUACCUAAAGAUCAUGUUGGAUUGGCGCGUGUUGUUUGCAUUGAAGGUGUCGAGAGUAAUAUGUGCUGUGGUACACAUGUAAGAAACUUAUCGCAGCUGCAGUGUAUCAAAUUAUUAUACGCAGAAAAAGUUAAAAGCGCAAUAAAUGUUCACUUUGUAGUGGGUGAACGUGUACUUCGGAAGCUUGGGGAGAUCUUUCAACGAGAGCAACAAAUGAAUUUAGCGCUAAAAGGUGGGCCAGCUCAACAUUUGGAAUUGAUACAGAAAUUGCAGUUGAAUUUGAAAUCAUCGACAAAAGCAUUUCAAAAGUUGUUAAAAGAUGUUGCAAUUUCCGAAGCUGAAAAGUUGGAGAAUACUCCACAACCCUAUCCGAAGUAUUACUGCCUCCAUCGCAAAGAUGGUAUAGAACCAGAUUUCAUUAACACGUUUUUACGAAAUGCGCCUGAGGGUAUAUUUUACUUCCUCACUGUGUCGGAAAACUCAACAAAUAAUGGUAAAGGUCUCAUGGUACUGAGAGGUAACGAGGAAGAAGUAAAAAAGUUCGGUGAACUCUUUAUGGAACUUUUACAAGGCAAAGGAAAUGGACGUGAAUCAAAUUUUCAAGGCAAAUUCAACAAUGGAAGCAAGAUCCCUGAAUGUAAUGCGAUACUAGAAAAGCAUUUUAACGGCGAUAAAAGUAAAAAAUAAGAUUUUUCGUAACAAAGUUGUUUUGACUUUAUUUUAAAUUGUCAAAUAAAGCUGUUGUUAAUUUACAAGAA